AGCAGCUCAUCCAACGGUAACACAACACGUAAAUCACAAUCGCCUUCAGAGUUCAUACCAUACGUAUCACCAGAUCCAUUCCCCGCCAAUUGAAAUCCAAAUCCGUCCCUCCGUUCACUUCACGCCACACACUCAGCCGUACGAUGAUCGGUGACUAGACCUUACCUAUGUUAUAGGGGUCAUAGAGGUCAUUUCACUGCAGCUCCGUUUCAAUUUCCCGGCAAACUCACGCUCCUCUGUUAAACAUCUCCGUCAAGGGUAUAACCGUAAUUAUGAAAGUUAGAAAGGGGGUAGUUUCGGUAUUAGACUGUCUAUCCCUCUGCAACGUUCCCCAGGCCAAGGGGGCAAAGCAAAACAAAGCAAAGCAAACCAAAGCCGGCUUCUUUCUCUCUCUAUCUCUUUUUCUCUUUUCCUUUCUCGCUCUUCUUUUCAUCAGCUCCAUUUGAACCUCUCAAGCAUCUCGAUCGCUUCUCCUCCAUCAUCAUCAUCGUCUUCAUCGUCUUCUCUAUCUUCUCCUAAACGCCAUUGACGAGAUUGAGAGAAGGAAGGUGAGAAGUGGAGAUCUAAUGGUGGUUUGAGAGUGUAGUAGGGAUAAUGCGGCGGCUGGAAACCCAAGAGGAGCAGUUUGAAGAGAAGGAGGAGAAACCACGGGGACGAUCGCAGAGCCGGCGAGUUACGCCGACGACGAACAGUUCGAUCGUGGAGAAGGUCUUGCUGAACGGGGACGUGUAUCGUGGUGGAUUCGUGGGGAACACGCCACACGGUGUUGGGAAGUAUCUGUGGACGGACGGGUGCAUGUACGAAGGGGAGUGGAGGCGUGGGAAGGGCGGGGAAGGGAAGUUUUCAUGGCCUUCGGGGGCGACCUUUGAGGGUGAGUUCCGGUCGGGGAGGAUGGAGGGGAUCGGGACCUUUACUGGUCCUGAUGGUUGUACGUACCGUGGGUCUUGGGUUGCUGAUCGGAAGCAUGGCUUCGGCCGCAAGUGCUACGCUAAUGGAGAUUACUACGAGGGAUCGUGGAGACGUAACGUGCAGGAAGGGCAAGGGAGGUAUGUGUGGAAGAACGGGAACGAGUACAUUGGGGAAUGGAAGAAUGGGGUGAUCUCCGGCCGCGGGAUUCUCAUCUGGGCCAAUGGAAAUCGGUACGAUGGGCACUGGGAGAAUGGCGUGCCCAAGGGAAGCGGGGUUUUCACCUGGCCGGAUGGCAGCUGCUACGUCGGUACCUGGGGGAAAGACCCCAGGAGCUUGAACGGCACCUUCUACCCGUCGUCGCUGCCGCAGCCUCGAAAGAGAUCCUCAGUGGAUGGGGUGGUGCUUGGGAGAGGGAGCGGCGUCGCGGCGGAGAAGGGUUUUCCUCGGAUCUGCAUCUGGGAAUCGGAUGGGGAAGCCGGAGACAUCACUUGCGACAUCAUCGAUACGCUUGAGGCCUCGAUGUUGUACCGUGAUGGGACAUCAUUUUAUCGGGGAUCGGCGUGUAAUCGGAGGAGUCUGUUGUCUCACGCCGGGGAGGCGAAGAAACCCGGCCAGACGAUAUCCAAAGGGCACAAGAACUACGAUCUGAUGCUUAACCUGCAACUGGGCAUCAGGUAUUCGGUGGGGAAGCCAGCGUCAACCGAGAUGAGGGAACUCGUGGCAGGCGAUUUCGACCCGAAGGAGAAGUUCUGGACGAGAUUCCCUCCCGAGGGGUCCAAGAUCACUCCUCCUCACCCUACGAGCGAGUUCAGGUGGAAGGAUUACUGCCCUAUGGUCUUCAGGCACUUGAGGAAGUUGUUUUCUGUGGAUCCUGCGGAUUAUAUGAUGGCCAUUUGUGGGAAUGAUGCUCUUAGAGAAUUCUCUUCGCCCGGAAAAAGUGGCAGCUUCUUCUAUCUAACCCAGGAUGAUCGGUUCAUGAUCAAAACUGUGAAGAAAUCUGAAGUCAAGGUGCUUAUUAGGAUGUUGCCUAGUUACUAUCAGCAUGUUUGUCAAUAUGAAAACACACUAGUUACAAAGUUUUAUGGUGUGCACUGUGUCAAACCAAUUGGCGGACAGAAGGUGCGAUUUAUAGUGAUGGGCAAUUUGUUCUGUUCUGAGUAUCGAAUUCAUCGGCGAUUUGAUCUGAAAGGUUCUUCCCAUGGACGAACGACUGACAAGGCUGAGGAAGAGAUUGAUGAGACCACCACUCUCAAGGAUCUCGACCUCAAUUUUGUGUUCCGCUUGCAUAAGUAUUGGUUCGAAGAGCUUCUAAGACAAAUUGAUCGGGACUGUGAGUUCUUGGAAGCAGAAAGGAUCAUGGAUUAUAGUCUUCUUGUUGGAGUUCACUUCCGUGAUGAUGCUUCAGCUUCUAAAAUGGGCUUGUCACGUUUUAAUGUUUCCCCAAAAUCCUCUGGCAAGACUAAUUCAUUAUUAGAUGGAGACAUGGUCGAAUUCUGCCUAUCAGAAUCAGAGCAGGAUUGGCCAAAUGGAAGAAACACUCUGAUCCGGCUGGGCGCAAACAUGCCGGCCACAGCAGAGCACAUUCCAAGACGAAGCGAAUCGGAGCCAUUGUCUCCGACCAGAGUAGUAGGACAACGGCGAAAUGGUGAAGUGUAUGAAGUUAUACUCUACUUUGGGAUCAUCGACAUUCUUCAGGACUAUGACAUCAGUAAGAAGCUGGAGCAUGCUUACAAAUCCUUACAAGUGGAUCCUGCCUCCAUCUCAGCAGUGGACCCAAAGCUCUACUCCAAGAGGUUCCGUGAAUUUUUAAGCAGAAUCUUCAUGGAAGAUGAGUGAGUCACAGUCACAGAAGAGAUAUACAUAAAUAUUAUAUAUAUAUAUAUAUAUAUAAGGCAUUCAUCAAUGAUUCCAAAUUUUGGGAUUAAAAGAAUUGGCAACCACUUCAACAUGGUUGCACAUUUGCUGGUGGAGGUGGGGCUGAAUUUUGAUGCUCAGCCAUGGUACGAAAUGAAUCAUUCCUGUACAUGUUUCUCAGGAGAGAUCUAAAU